GGUUUGCAUUAAGGUUAAGCUUAUAGUUAGUUAUAGACUUGCGCUCAGUGCCACCAGUCAGUCUGAUGUUGCAGUUAAACCUCCGAUGUCAACAUACAGCAUGUACUGGAGCCAAAUAAUGAGUAAAGAAGAAAGAAAGUGUGAGACAAUCAGAUACGAGAAGUACAAGACUUGGACAACUGCUGGAACACAGACAGACUGAUCCCACUAGCAGUGCAUCGAAAUUAAAAUGAGAUCAGCUGCAGUAGUGCUGUUCAAAAGACAGCUUUGCGUCCGAGGAGACAGCAUUUAGCUGAGGCAUAGUGUCUCCUGUUUUAAUCAAACUACAGACUAGGUAAAAAGGUUCUCACUAGACCUUCAGACGCACUCACGCCUUUGUCUCCCUCUCAGCAUGGAGUGUGAUUCAGAGUUGAAUGCACAGACGAUAGUUGAGGAUACCCUCAGGGAAACCAGCUCCUUAAUUAGCACAGAUCAUGAUGACAGCAUCUACGGCAAGAAUAUGGCUCUCUAUGAGGACGAGAUGGACAGCACUCCGAUGGUGUCAUCCCUCCUCAACAAACUUGCCAACUACACCAACAUAACCCAGGGGGUCGUCGAGCAUGAGGAGGCUGAGAGUGAGGAUGGGAUUCAGAGAGUCACUGUGAAGGGCCCUCAGAUGGGAACUUUUAUAGGUGUGUUCCUGCCCUGCAUGCAGAACAUUCUGGGUGUAAUUCUGUUCCUGCGGCUCACGUGGAUAGUGGGUACUGCGGGGAUCAUGGAGGCCCUUGCUAUCAUCUUUAUGUGCUGUUCUUGUACCAUGCUGACUGCAAUUUCAAUGAGUGCCAUUGCGACUAAUGGUGUAGUGCCUGCUGGUGGCUCAUACUACAUGAUUUCCAGAGCAUUAGGCCCAGAGUUUGGAGGAGCAGUGGGUCUGUGUUUCUACCUGGGCACCACAUUUGCAGGAUCUAUGUAUAUAUUAGGAACCAUGGAAAUUUUUUUGACAUACAUCAUGCCCACUGCCAAUGUGUUUGGAGAGGAGGAGCCAUAUUGGAUGCAAAAUAACAUGCGUAUUUAUGGCACAUGCUGUUUAGCUAUCAUGACCCUGGUAGUGUUUGUUGGAGUUAAAUAUGUCAACAAACUGGCCUUAAUCUUCCUGUCCUGUGUAGUGCUGUCAAUUAUGGCCAUUUACGCAGGUGUCAUCCAAAGCGCAUUAAAGGAAUCCAAUUUUAAAAUCUGUCUACUAGGCAACCGCACCUUGAAAAAUUCUAAUUUUGACAAGUGUGAAAAGACGGAGGUCAUCGACAAUGUAACCCGCCCUACCGAAGUGUGGAAACUUUUUUGCCAAGGUGACUUAGGAAAUGCAACAUGUGAUGAGUACUUCACCCUUAACAAUUUGACAGUGAUUGAGGCUGUUCCUGGCUUGCGCAAUAAUGUCAUAUCAGAGAACAUGUGGGGACACUAUGGACAAUACGAGGCAAUAGUGGAGAAGAAGGGACAGAGAUCAGAAUGGGCUUCAGAUAACUCUGACAAGAACAUGUCAAGGCCUUAUGUCCUCAAUGACAUCACCACCUUCUUCACCCUUCUGGUUGGAAUCUACUUCCCCUCAGUAACAGGAAUCAUGGCUGGAUCGAACAGGUCUGGAGAUCUUAGAGACCCUCAGAGGUCCAUUCCCACUGGCACCAUUAUGGCUAUUGCAACCACCUCCUUAAUCUACAUUUCUUGUGUAGUGUUAUUUGGAGCAUGUAUUGAAGGUGUGGCGUUGCGAGACAAGUAUGGAGUCUCAGUUAAGAACACUCUAGUUGUUUCAACACUAGCUUGGCCUUCUUCAUGGGUGAUUGUGAUUGGCUCAUUUUUCUCAUGUUGUGGUGCGGGCCUACAGAGCCUCACUGGUGCUCCCAGGAUCCUUCAGGCUAUAGCUAGAGAUGGCAUCAUGCCAUUCUUACAGGUGUUUGGUCAUAGUAAAGCUAAUGGUGAGCCAACCUGGGCCUUACUCCUAACUGCAGCCAUCUGUGAGAUUGGGAUCCUCAUCGCUUCCCUAGAUGAUGUUGCUCCCAUCCUGUCAAUGUUUUUCUUGAUGUGUUACCUCUUUGUAAACCUGGCCUGUGCUGUCCAAACACUUCUACGCACCCCAAAUUGGAGGCCAAGAUUCAAGUUCUACCACUGGUCCCUCUCUUUCCUUGGGAUGAGCCUGAGUCUCUCCCUCAUGUUUGUCUCAUCUUGGUUCUAUGCUUUGUUUGUCAUACUGAUUGCUGGAUGCAUCUACAAGUACAUUGAAUACAGAGGGGCGGAGAAGGAAUGGGGAGAUGGGAUUCGAGGAUUAUCCCUUAAUGCAGCUCGUUAUGCCUUAAUAAAACUGGAAGAGGCGCCACCUCACACAAAGAACUGGAGACCUCAGCUGCUGGUGCUCCUAAAGUUGGACUCUGACUUGGGGGUAAAACAUCCACGUCUGCUUUCCUUUACCUCACAGCUGAAGGCUGGGAAAGGCCUGACCAUCGUCUGCUCAGUGCUGGAGGGCACCUAUAUGGCUCGUGGGGCAGAUGCUAAGCUCUCUGAACAGAAUAUCAAAGCAGCCAUGGCAAAAGAAAAAACUAAGGGUUUCUGUCAUGUGGUGGUGUCCUCUAAUCAGCGGGAUGGUUUCUCUCACCUGAUCCAGUCCGCAGGGCUGGGUGGCAUGAAACACAAUGCUGUGCUGGUGGCCUGGCCCGCACACUGGAAGCAGUCAGAGAGCUCCCUCUCUUGGAAGAACUUCAUUGAAACCAUCAGAGAGACAACAGCUGCCCACCAGGCCCUGUUAGUGGCAAAAAACAUUGAUACAUUUCCCACAAACCAGGACCGGUUAGCUGAGGGUACCAUUGAUGUCUGGUGGAUUGUCCAUGAUGGUGGUCUACUCAUGCUUCUUCCGUUCCUGCUCCGCCAGCACAAGGUUUGGAGAAAGUGUAAGAUGAGGAUCUUCACAGUGGCUCAGAUGGAUGACAACAGCAUCCAGAUGAAGAAAGACCUGCAGACCUUCUUGUACCACUUGCGUCUUGAAGCGAAGGUGGAAGUUGUGGAAAUGCACGCAGGCGAUAUCUCGGCCUUCACCUAUGAGAAGACCCUUGUGAUGGAACAACGCUCUCAGAUGCUGAAGCAGAUGCAGCUUUCGAAGACAGAGCGGGAGAGAGAGAUUCAAAGCAUUUCAGAUGAAUCCCGGAAUUCCGUCAGGAGGAAGCCCUGCGACCAGAAAACAUCUCACAAGAAUAAGUCACAAGUGCCAACUGUAAUUCUGGACGAGCCUCAGCUGAUUCAUGACAGGAACACUAAGUCACAUGCCGUUCAGAACGACAAGCCCACACCCACGUCCGACAGGGUCCAUAUGACCUGGACCAAAGAGAAGCUGAUUAGUGAGCGCAACCGCCUUCGGGAGGCCAACAUGGCUGUGCGGGACAUCUUCAAUAUGAAACCAGAGUGGGAGAAUCUGGAUCAGACUAAUGUGAGAAGAAUGCACACUGCAGUGAAACUGAAUGAGGUUGUAGUUAACAAAUCCCAGGGAGCCCAACUGGUGCUGCUGAACAUGCCAGGACCACCCAAAAACCAGGGCGGGGAUGAGAACUACAUGGAGUUCCUGGAGGUCCUCACAGAUGGAUUGGAGCGGGUGCUGCUGGUCCGAGGUGGCGGCAGGGAGGUCAUCACCAUUUACUCGUAGCAUCAUGCAGGAACAUACACUGAGGAGAGCAUUUCUGUCAGGAGAAGCUGUCUAGAGCUACAGAAACUGUACAAAUGGGCUCAAGACAGGAAGUCCCACUCCAGCUGCAGGCCAGCACAGCACAUUUGAGGAUUCUUUUCAUUUCCUUCUCAUUUAGCAGUCCAAUUGUGAUCAGAUCGACGAAAACGUAUUUUAAUAACAGGUGUAAACAGACGUGAUCCAUAUUAAUCAUUUAAAUGGAGACAGGCCAGAGACCUAGAUUUAUCCAAUAAGACUUGAAGAGAGUGGCAUCAGCUGCCUUAUUGCUGAGAUAUGUAACUCUAAGGGACAGUGUUUAUUUGUAAUUUUAUGUGUUAAAUAUGUAGUUUUUCAUCUCAUCGCAUUAUUCUGCUGAGUUUUGAUAUCAGUGUUGCUCACAGUGAUUUUAUCAUUAGCCAAACAUUAAAUCUGUCAGUAUUGAAUAUUUCAUAGUUUUAAUACUACUUUUUUCCCUAUUCUUUUCAUGACACUGGCAAUAUUUUUCUCAAAACAAAUAUGUAUAAUUUAUAUGAAUGUUUUUUACAUAUUUUAUAUUAAAAAGUCUUUCAAAAGUGUCAUAAAGGUAAAUUCAGAGUGUAUAUACUCAUGAAUACACUCCUUGUUGGAAAAAGUGUAAAUAAUUUUAAAAAAAAUGUAGGCUAUGUGUUGGUGAAUCAUUUCUGGAAAUGUUUUUUUUUUUUUUUUUUAAUUACAAUCAACUCUUGCUGACAGGCCUGAUAUACAAUGCACACCUUCCUCUCCAGUAGAGGGGGAUGAACACAAACCAUUAAAUACUCCCAUUGUGAUACAUUGUUUUGCAGUAACAUCUCAGCUGUCAGUAGAACAGACAGGACUGAAAUACUUGAUAUGUUUGAGAUUUAGUGUUCUGUGGGUGCCGUACUGGACACUGUAUCAAAGAUUUAUUGUAACCACAAAAUAUUAUCUAAGAAUACUGACCAUGGAAGAAUAUACUUUUAGGGAAUAACAAAUCCUUUUACCCUGUAAAACCCUAACUUCUUGCUUUAUAUGCUUCUUGUGUUUCACACGAGGCUCUAUUUUCAGUUAAUUCUCUUGGCAAGUUUUCUUGUCAUGUGGUUUGAAAUGACUAAUUUCAACAGCUUGCAGUCAUAGAACACCCCAUACACAACGACACUGUAUCCCGAGCCAACCGUGUCUCACUGUGCCUUCAUGCAGGGGUAGUUAUAUCUUUUAUUCACAACUUUUUGUGCCAUUACCUUUUUUUUUGUAAAGAAUAAAAACAUUCAUCCAUGA